AUCAGUGAGGGCUACAUGACUGAGGGAUUCUUUUACAAACCCUUGUGGAUUAAUAAAGUCGCGAUGUUGUGGUGUGUUUUGCUGUUGUGCGGCUUGACUUUGGCUCAGGAUGAUCAUACCUUUCUUGAAACACCAGCAUGCUUGGCCAACAUGUGUGACAGAUUGAAGAAGUUUGAUGCCUUGGGAGAGAAACUCCAAACUCUGGAAGCCAGGUUACAAAAUAGUGAAUCCAGGCUACAGAGCAGUGAAACCAGGCUACAGCGCAGUGAAACCAGGCUGCAAAGCUGUGAAACCAGGCUGCAAAACGGAGAAAACCAGAUUCAAGAACUGAAGAGCAAAGAGAGACCCAAGGUGAUAUUCAGUGCAGCGUUGGGAGGUACAGCUGUUGGACCUUUCAACACAGACAAGACUUUACUCUACAAGGCGAUUACCAAUAUUGGCAAUGCCUACAAUGCAGCCACAGGUACCUUCACUGCACCUGUGGCUGGAGUGUAUUUCUUCACCUUCUUCCACCAUGCUGGAGGACAACAUGAGACGAUUCUGUUUCUCUACAAGAACAACCAGCGCAUAGUGCAGACCCAGGACCACAGGGCCGUCCACGAGACCGCUCAUAACGGAGGAAACGCUGUGUCCCUGCAGCUGCAGGCAGGCGACCGAGUCUACGUGCGUAUGCUGAAAAACUCAUACGUGUAUUGCUCCGGCUACCACACGACCUUCAGUGGUUUCCUGGUGGAGAAAUGAGAACAGAUGCAGUGAAUACUCAGAAAAAGAGUCCUCACGGUAAAGUCAGAAUAUUCUAUGUUUGUCAAAAUUACAUGUGUUACCAUAUGGUCUGAUUAAAAAAAGCCAUGCAGAAAAGUGAUGAGAAAAUUUGAAUGAAUUCAAGUGAGCAAUGCAAACCACAUCUGUGCUUUUUGUGUAAAAGUUUGUACUAUGAAAAGGUUUAACUGGUUAUGAAAGAGACUGAAUUGAAUGCUGAUGCCUCUGUAUGACUCAUAAAAGUAAAAACGAAACCAUUAGCAAGAAUACAAAAUAUUUGUAUAUAGUCAUUUUUAAUAAUAACUGGAAUUAAAUGUGAGUGAUUGUCAGCAGAAUAGAAUUUAACCCCAAAUUAUCCGUUAAGUGUGAUCGCUUCUGUAGGUUAAACUGUAUUCCUAGACAAGAAAGACAAGAACAGUCUGAACAGUAUUGUUAAAGUCUGCUCUAAAAUUAUUGGUGUACAGCAGCAAGAUGGAGGAACAGUGUCACCAAUAAAGCCAGAGGGAUAAUAAGCCAACCUGGACACAUCCUCGCCAAGGAGUUCUCUCUAAUGCCCUCAGGAGGGCGCUAUCUCACUCCUCUUAGAAAACAAACAGAUACUCAAAUUCUUGUAUAUUUUAACCCUCCUGUUAUGU